GCGGCACUAGGACCCCGCGGCGCCCCAACGGGCGGGCGGCACUAGGACCCCGCGGCGCUCCCCGGCCCCGGGUGGCAGCAGCUGCAGCAGCAGCGGCAGCAGCGGUCUCAGCUGCAGCAGCGGUAUCGGCAGCGCAGCGCACUGCGGAGCGCUCGGUGGACUCGGCGGGUCCCCCCCCCCCCGCCUCCCCGCCCCGGGCCCGCUCAGCCGAGCAGCGAUGUGACCCCCGGGGCUCUGCCAUGGCCGCGCUCGCCGGAGGGGCCUGGCAGCCCCCCGCCGCCCCCGGGAUGCACCGAGCGGAGGAGGAGAUGUCGGGCCCCCCCCCGCCGCUCGCCGCCCGCUGCAGAUGAGAGCCCCGGCCCAGGUGCUCACGGGACGCUGGCGAUCGCCGCGCGCUGAGGCUGGCACAGAGACAUGAGUGGCAGCACGAGCCAGCGCGCCGCCGCCCUGGGGGUCCUCUUUGCCCUGAUCAUGUUGCUGAUCAUCUACAGCUCCGGCAACGGGAGCGAGGUCUUCCCCUACAGCCACCUGCGGGGCAGAGCCCGCCGGCCCCCCGACCUCAAGAAGUGGGGGGUGAAAAGCGGGUACCUGCCUGUCUGCGGGAACAAGACCCUGACUGCCCACUGCCACCAGUGCGUCAUCGUCACCAGCUCCAGCCACCUCCUGGGCACCCGCCUGGGCACGGCCAUCGACGGGGCUGAGUGUACCAUCCGCAUGAACGACGCGCCCACCACCGGCUAUGAGGUCGACGUGGGCAACAAGACCAGCUUCCGCGUGGUGGCCCACUCCAGCCUCUACCGUGUCCUCAAGCGGCCCCAGGAGUUCGUCAACAAGACCCCGGAGACCAUCUUCAUCUUCUGGGGGCCGCCUGCCAAGAUGCAGAAGAGCCUCCUGAAAAUCAUCCAGCGUGUCAGCGCCUCCUUCCCCAACAUGACGGCCUACGUCGUCUCCCCCAGCCGCAUGAAGCAGUUUGAUGACCUGUUUCGGGGGGAGACAGGGAAGGACAGGGAGAAGUCGCGCUCGUGGCUCAGCACCGGCUGGUUCACCAUGGUGAUCGCGGUGGAGCUGUGCGACGCCGUCCACGUUUACGGCAUGGUGCCACCCAACUACUGCGGCCGCCGGCCCCCACCCCGCCGCCUGCCCUACCACUACUACGAGCCAAAGGGCCCCGACGAGUGCACGACCUACAUCCACAACGAGCGGAGCCGCAAGGGCAACCACCACCGCUUCAUCACCGAGAAGCGGGUCUUCGCCAGCUGGGCCGGCCUCUACAACAUCACCUUCUCCCACCCCUCCUGGCCCUAGGGGCUGUCCCCUGCCCCCAGCUGGGCAGACCCCUGGAGCUGGCGUGGGUGGGGGGGGGGGGGGUUCCCCUGCAUCCCACGGGGAGCGGUGGGAACCGGGCAUCGUCCCUCCCAGGGGGCCGCCGUCGUGCACGGUGGCACCGGGGAUGUGCUGGGUUUUGAGCUGCUUUUUGGGGGGGCGAGGGGGGUGUCAGGUCGUGAGUGCAGGGUUUGGGGUCUGUCCCCCCCCCACCCCCUCCAUGGGUGUGAGGUGUGGGGGGGACAUCCUGGCUCACUGCAGCCCCUGCAGGUGCACAGGGGGGUGCCGGGUCCCCUCGGCUCAGUUUGGGGUUGCAUCACUUUUGGGGCCACCGCAGAGACUGUUUUCCCCCCAUCCCUUGGGUGAGGAGACUCCUUCUUGGGGCUCAGCCCCCCUCUGCCGACCCCAGCACCCCAAUCCUGGUCCACAGGCAUCCUCCCCUCAGCAGAACCCCGCAGUUUUCGGUGGGACCCCACAGGGAUGUCAGUGCCCCCCUCAGUGUUCCAGCCCCUCCCAGCACUGCUGCACCCCACACCCACACUGCCAAAACCUUUUCUAACUGAGUGAUGGGAUUUUGAGGGGCUUUUUCAGUAUUUUGUUUUUUUUCCUCCCUGCUUCUGGGGUUUGUAUUUGGGUUUCCUGGCCAGGGGCUGCUCGUUAGUGGUAACGAAGGGGCUGGCAGCAGCCUCCGGUUGGGUCCUCAUCAUUUAUUAACCGCUUAUAAACUAUUUAGAAGUGGGCACGUAGCAGGGUGGGCCUGUAGUGCCCCUCAGCACCCUGUGGCCAGGGCAGGGAUUUUAUUUAUUUCUCAGCAGCGGAGAAGCGGGUUUGGGGACAAUAGUGUGUUUGGGUGCCAAGCCCUGGCAGGACUCCGUGCCUCAGUUUCCCUCAGGCUGUGGCCUGUCCCUGUUGUUGCUGGGGCUUUGGGGGACUCGGUGCUGGAGGAAACUGUGGGGCAUCUGCAUUUUGUAAUGGUUUGUACAGGAAUAAAUACUGCUGCAGUCUGUUGCCUUGG